AUGUCUUGGUGCUGGUGGCUCGUGAUGAGUAUUGUUUGCUGUCUGUCGGUUUCACAAGGGAUCACUUUUUUCGCCAGGUAUCGCAGGCAAGAGACGCCGUUUGCGCUAUAUUUUUUACCAUUUUUCGCGAACUUCCAGCGCUUCCUUCUCCUAAAGGCGCGCUUGCCCGUCCUCUAUCGCCUUGGCGACUGGCCGGCGCCGCCGGCGGCACCCUCAGGCAUGCUCUCAAGCUCGCUGUCGAGCAUCGCCUUCGGCCUGCCCGAGACGGUGGAUGUCUUGGUCGUCGGCGGCGGGCCAGUCGGGCUGACUUUGGCGGGGCAGCUCCUCGCUCAGCGCGGGCGUGUUGCGCUGGUGGAGGCGAACGAGGAGCCUUGCGGCGGCUCGCGGCUGCCAAAGGCGCAGCUCAUCUCUGCCCUCACCAUGGAGACGUGGUCGCGUUGGGACGCCGCACUGCCUCGGAAGAUUCGAGGCUUGUGUUGGCUGCGCCCGGAAACGACUAUGGAUCUGGUCUCCCCCUUCUCGACUGUCUGUGCUUGCGCUGUCCGAGGGGCUGUCCAAGGAGUCGCACGGGUGGGUGCAGCACAGCAGCAGCCGCUCUACGAGGCGGCUCUGAGGAGCCACGUCGCCUCGGCGCCGCGCGAGUGCGAGCUGACGGCGCAUUACGGCUGGAACGUCGUGGACGCCACCGAGACGGACGGCGAGUGGUCGGUCGUGCUCGAGCAAACGGAGCGAGGCGGUCGACACUACGCGGAGGGCGGCCUGGACGGCCUCGCGACGGACGACACAGCCGCGCCAAAGGCUGGUGGCCGCGUGCGCCAAACGGUGCUUGCGCGCGUCCUCGUCGGCUGCGACGGCGGAAGGCCCGGCAUGGAGGCGCUGCUGCGCCGCCAGUUUGCCGGCACGCCACCCGGCGUCGCGUACUGCUUCAAGAAGGAGGGCGGCUGGCCCGCUUCGGUCUGGCAGCUGGACGGAGCGGCCGAGCUCUACUUUGGCUUUGUCUCGUACCCAUCG